GCGAAAUCCCUCAGCCACGCAGAAUGAACUGAUGAAUCUACCAUCUGGCCACCAGACGUCAUGCUUUCCAAUUAACAAAACAUAUAAAGAAUAGAUUAAACCCCAUAACAAUAUAUGUCACAGCAUAGUUUUCUUAACUACGGUUCAUACACACUUCACUUGUAUAGCUUCCACUUUCCUUGUCCACUAUCCCUUCAUUCGCAAUGGUUUGGCAACACGGUGAUCACCAUGAUAUCCCAAGCCAAUGGCGCAUCCACAAGCCGGGCGCCUGGCUACCAGCGGAUCAUCGUGUUCAUCGAGAAUUUCUUCGCCGCGUAACCCAUCACGUUGACAAGCAUCCCGAAGAAAAGUUAACGCCCGCCCUGCAAGAAUUUAAAGAACUUAUUGAAGGCAACACACGAAUUUACAUGUACUUCAAUCAGAUGUUUGAGGAGAUUCCGAACAAAAGGCCGUACUGGCGGGAUCCCACAGGCACAAAGCAGAUCCGCGACUACCGUCAUAUGCUACAGGUGCUAAAUCACGUCGUCUCAAAAGCUCCAGAGUGGACAGACGCAGCCGAAAGUGCUGGUGUGGUAGGGGUUCCUUUUUGUGCCAUUCUUGAUUACCCCAUGGGUACACCAAGUGGCCACGCUGCAUUCCUGGACCCAGACGUGAAUAAGGCAAUCAAGAAGGUUUUGAAUGAAUGGGGUAAAUUUUUAGAGACGCCAAAAUCAGCAGAGGCCUUAGGUGACCACAAGCUAGGCUGGUUCGGCGAAACUGGCCUAAGCGAUGUUAUGCAAGUUGCGAAUGCUCCUUAUAAGUCAUCCUUAAAGUUUGAAGAAAUGUUUGUAUGCGAGCCAUCAGCUAAAUAUUAUGGCUACAAAUCCUGGGAUGACUUCUUUACUCGACAGGUACAUGAUAAGGCAAGACCUGUAGCAUCCCCAGAUGAUGAUAACGUCAUUGCGAAUGCAUGCGAAUCCAAGGUGUUCAACAUUCAGCGGAAUGCUCAAUUGCGGGAUAGGUUUUUCGCCAAAGGCCAGCCUUACUCAGUGCUUGAUAUGUUAGCACAUGAUCCACUAGCCAAGCACUUCGCGGGAGCAACAGUUUACCAGGCAUUUCUAUCUGCUCUUUCCUACCACCGUUGGCAUUCGCCAGUCUCAGGAACAAUUCGACGUGCGUUCGUCCAAGAUGGCACAUAUUUCAGUGAACCUCUAUUUGAAGGUGUUGGGGAUCCUGAUGUUCAUGAAAUUGAUACCGGCGGCAUUACAGUUGGCCAGGGCUACCUCUCUGCACUAGCAACCAGAGGUAUCAUCUUCAUCGAAGCGGAUAAUCCGGCAAUUGGCUUGAUGGCAUUUAUUGCUAUCGGUAUGGAUGAAGUUAGCUCGGUUGACAUUACCGUAAAAGAGGGGCAACAUGUGAAGAAAGGUGAACAGACUGGCAUGUUCCACUUUGGUGGUUCGACUCACUGCUUGCUAUUCCGCAAAGGGGUUAAGGUUUCCGAUUUCCCCGAGGUAGGAAGGCACGAAAAUGUGCCAGUUCGUAGCAAGGUUGCUGUCGUUACACCCUAAAUGGUAUCCAGACAUACAAUACACUACCCUUUGAGAGUCCUUUUGGGGGGGAGCUACUCCUAAUAACGAUGCUAAAUAGUUAAAAGCUUCAUAAUGGGCUAUCUAUUUCCGUAUAUGAACGCAAUUCAAUACUAGAUGGAUACUUGAGCUGAAUCUUUAAUUCAAUAUUUGAAAGAAUUCUUCGUCAGGUCGGUCUGCAUAUAUUGUCAAAUUACCAAUCUAUCAAAUACUGAGGCUUUAUCCCAUAAUUUGCUGCCAAUUAAUAAAAAACUACUCAACGAG